CAGGUCUCGGGCCCCCUUAGGCGAAGCGGCGGGCGCCGGACCCCCAGGUGGAGCAACAGGUCUCGGGCCCCCAGGCGGAGCGGCGGGCGCCGGACCCCCAGGCGGAGCGACAGGUCUCGGGCCCUCAGGCGGAGCGGCGGGCGCUGGACCCCCAGGCGGAGCGAGCGGGUCGGGUCUCGGGCCCCCAGGUGGAGCGACAGGUCUCGGGCCCCCAGGCGGAGCGGCGGGCACCGAGUCACCAGGCACGACAGCGGGCUCCGAGUCAACUGGCAAGACUGCGGGCACCGAGUCAACUGGCAAGACUGCGGGCACGAGCCAACUGGCGGAACAGCGGGCUUCGAGUCGUCUGGCAAGACUGCGGGCACCGAGUCGUCUGGCAGGACUGCGGGCACCGAGUCGUCUGGCAAGACUGCGGGCACCGAGUCGUCUGGCAAGACUGCGGGCACCGAGUCGUCUGGC